AUGCCAUCCCAUGGCUCUGCUGGGGCUUUGGGGCUGGGUUCCCAGCCCAGCUGCAGCUCACCUCUGCCAAGGCAAAGAAAUCCCUUCCCAGCACUUCAGCUCCUCUCUCCUGGGGGCUGCUCCUCUGCUCUGCUCAGCCAGGACAGCUUCCUGGACAGCUUCAGUGGGAGCUUCUGUGACAGGAGUGAGGACGUGGGGUCUGAGCCGUGGGGCUGCGGCAGCUCCGUCCCCGACCCGCAGCUCAUCCGCAGGAUCGUGUCCCAGGUGGAGUUUUACCUCUCGGAUGAGAACCUGGCCAAGGAUGCUUUUCUGCUGAAACACGUCCAGAAGAACAAGAUGGGCUUUGUCAGCAUUAAACUGCUCACCUCCUUCAAGAAGGUGAAAUACCUGACCCGGGACUGGCGGCUCACGCUCUACGCCCUGCGCUUCUCGGAGCUGCUGGAGGUGAACAAGGAGGGAACCAAAGUGAGGCGACGGGUCCCCAUCCCCGAGUCCCUGCUGAGCAUCCCCCCCAGCAAACUGCUGCUGGCCUGGGAGCUGCUGCCGCAGGAACGGCUCCCGCUGCUGCAGAGGAGCUUCCUGGAGACCAUCACGCGGCUGUUCAGCCCGUUCGGCGCCAUCGCCUCCAUCCGCAUGCUGCGGCCCGGCCGCCGGCUGCCCGCGGACGUGCGGCGCUACGCGGCGCGGUUCCCGGAGCUGCUCCGCAGGUGCUGCGCGCUGGUGGAGUACGAGAGCCUGGAGAGCGCCUGCAGGGCCUUUGAAGACCUCGGUCAGCAGAGCCAGGCGGGCGGCCGAGGCAUCAGGGUGGUCCGGCUCUGCGGGAAGGGCUCCAAGAAGAAGGCCGGCGCCGAGCGGGAGCUGCCGGAGGAGCUGCUGGAGCAGCCGGCCUGGAAGGCGCCGGCGGCCGUCGUGGCCUUCCCUUACGGCCCCGGGGACUCGUCGUGCUGCGGCUCCCUGGAGUGCCACGGCGCCCCGGCCUCGCUGCCGCUUCCCCUGCACAAGGAGCCCCCGGCCUGGCCCGGCGGCGGCCUCGGCGGCGCCGUCGCGGGGUCGCUGCUCCCCGGCGGAGCCUUUGCCCCGCUCGGCCCCGGCACCCGGAGCCCCCGCGGCUGCGGCUGGGGGAGCGGGGCCUGGGGGCCCUGGCACGGCGGCUCCUCUCUGGAUGCGAAACCUCCCCCCGGCAGCCCGUGGGCGGAGAAGCGGGGUCCCGAGCCGCUGGGGCUGCAGGACGGGCUGCUCCCCCCGCCCCGCGCCUCCGAUGGCACCGAGGGCUUCUGCAGCACCUUUGGCAGAGGAGAGCUUGUCCUGCAGCACUGAGGCUCCCUUGGGUUCGGGUUUGAGGCUUUUCCCGUCUUUCGUUUCUGUUUGCUUUCUCCUCUGGAGCGGAGUCGCUCUCUGGAG